AUGUCUCCACCCAACGACUCCGAACCUCCCAAGACACUUAGACGCAUGGCCUCCGAGAAGCUCUCCUCCGACAACCCCUCUCAGCUCGGCGAUCCCGCGAGCCUGAAGGCCGAAGCAGCAGACUCGGAGCCUACGGACCAGGAUCGCGGUGCCGCGAACGAUCCGGAGGCGAAGAAGCGCGGAGAAGAGACUAGGAAGGAACUCGAGCGGAAGGAGAAGGAGAACAUGAACCGGGGUCAGAAGGCCGGGCAAAAGAUGAGUCAUGAUUCGAAGCUUUGA